UCAGGGGAGCUACAAUGGUGGAAUCUUAUAUUCUUAUCCUUUAGUUAUUCUGCUGCUAAAAUUGGCAAGGGGAUUUGCAUCAUUUGUUGUUAUUUACUAGUAGGUGUGGGAGAAGAUUAAUUUUCAAACCAUGCCUUCGCUUCAACUAUUGCAGUUAACUGAGCAUGGUCGAAACCUGCUAACUUCUAGGAGGAGAACCCUGGCACUAGCCGCAGGUGUGUUAGUUGCUGGUGGAACUGCUGCAUACAUGCAAUCACGGUUUCAGAAAAGAUAUGUUCGGCCUGAUUCUUUAAAUCAUGACAUUGCACUAGUUAAUAAUGAAGGAAAAUCUAGAAUCAGGCCAAAAAAAGGCAGAUUGAGAUCUCUACAGGUUCUAGCUGCAAUCCUACUCUCGCAGAUGGGCCAAAUGGGCGUGCGGAAUCUACUAGCUUUAGUGGCUACAGUUGUGUUGCGAACUACAUUGAGUAAUAGACUGGCAAAAGUUCAAGGAUUCCUGUUUCGGGCUGCUUUUCUUCGACGUGUACCGAUCUUCAUGCGUUUAAUUGCUGAAAAUCUUCUUUUAUGCUUUCUUCAGUCUACCUUAUAUUCUACUUCGAAGUACUUAACAGGGACAUUAAGCUUGCGAUUCAGAAAAAUAUUGACAAAACUUAUUCAUGCAGAUUAUUUUGAGAACAUGGCAUACUAUAAAAUAUCACAUGUUGAUGGUCGAAUCACCAAUCCAGAACAGCGAAUUGCAAGUGACAUACCAAGGUUCUGUACAGAGUUGAGUGAGCUUGUGCAGGAUGAUCUGACAGCUGUUACUGAUGGUCUGAUUUACACAUGGCGCCUGUGUUCUUAUGCGAGUCCCAAAUAUGUUUUUUGGAUAUUGGCUUAUGUAACAGGGGCAGGUGCUCUGAUUGGAAACUUCUCUCCCGCUUUUGGUAAACUGAUGUCAACAGAGCAGCAAUUGGAAGGGGAUUAUCGGCAGCUUCAUUCGCGGUUAAGAACCCAUGCAGAGAGUGUAGCAUUUUAUGGGGGAGAGAAAAGAGAAGCAUCUCAUAUCCAGCAGCAGUUCAGGACUCUCAUCAGGCACAUGAAGCUUGUUCAUCAUGACCAUUGGUGGUUUGGAAUGAUUCAAGACUUUCUGUUGAAGUACCUUGGAGCUACAGUUGGAGUUAUCCUGAUCAUUGAGCCCUUUUUUUCUGGCAAUCUGAGACCCGACACUUCGACUCUAGGACGAGCGGAGAUGUUAAGCAAUUUACGAUACCAUACAAGCGUGAUAAUAUCUUUGUUUCAGUCACUGGGUACUCUUUCUAUCAGUUCACGGAGGCUAAAUCGUCUCAGUGGUUAUGCUGAUCGCAUUCAUGAAUUGAUGGUAAUAUCAAGAGAGCUAAGUGCUGUUCAUGACAAAGGUUCUAUUCAAAAAAAUUCAAGUAGGAAUUAUUUUACUGAAGCAAAUUAUAUUGAGUUUGCUGGAGUCAAGGUAGUUACUCCAACAGGUAAUGUGUUGGUGGACAAUUUGACUCUCAGGGUUGAAUCAGGAUCGAAUCUGUUGAUUACAGGUCCAAAUGGAAGCGGGAAAAGCUCCCUCUUUCGAGUUCUUGGAGGCCUUUGGCCACUGGUAUCUGGCUACAUUACAAAACCUGGGGUUGGUUCUGAUCUGAAUAAGGAGAUUUUCUAUGUGCCACAAAGACCAUACAUGGCUGUUGGAACACUUCGUGACCAAUUAAUAUAUCCUCUUACGGCAAACGAAGAGACUGAAUUGCUUACACACAGUGAUAUGGUUGAGCUGUUGAAAAAUGUUGAUCUGGAGUAUUUAUUGGAACGUUAUCCACUCGAGAAGGAAAUAAACUGGGGUGAUGAACUCUCUCUUGGAGAGCAACAAAGACUGGGGAUGGCCAGAUUGUUCUAUCAUAAGCCUAAGUUUGCGAUUCUUGACGAGUGUACGAGUGCUGUCACAACCGAUAUGGAGGAGCGUUUCUGUGCUAAAGUUAGUGCAAUGGGGACUUCUUGUAUUACAAUAUCACAUCGUCCCGCACUUGUUGCAUUUCACGACGUGGUUUUGUCCUUGGAUGGGGAAGGAGGGUGGAGUGUUGACUACAAGAGGGAGGAUUCUCCAGUACUUUCUGAGGCUGGGUCCAAUCUGUUGAGAUCACCGGAAACGGAUCGCCAAAGUGAUGCUAUGUCUGUGCAAAGAGCUUUUGCUCGCAGCAGAAAGGACAAUUCUUUCUCCAAAUCAAAUGUAAAUUCAUAUGUCACAGAGGUAAUAGCAAGGUCUCCCACCAUGGAUCAUAAGGUUCAAUUGCCCGUUGUUCCCCAAUUACAGAUGGCUCCAAGGUUGUUGCCAUUAAGAGUAGCUGCUAUGUUCAAAAUACUGGUGCCCACACUGCUCGAUAAACAAGGUGCACAAUUGUUUGCAGUAGCUUUACUUGUCGUGUCUAGGACGUGGAUCUCAGAUCGCAUUGCUUCUUUGAAUGGGACCAGUGUAAAAUAUGUUUUGGAGCAGGAUAAGGCAUCCUUUAUUCGAUUAACAUUCAUUAGUGUACUUCAAAGUGCUGCAUCUUCUAUUGUUGCACCUUCACUAAGACACUUAACAGCCAAGUUGGCCCUUGGGUGGCGAAUUCGCUUGACCCAACAUCUUCUGAAGAACUUUUUGAGAAAGAAUGCUUUCUACAAGGUAUUCCACAUGUCAGGUAAAAAUAUUGAUGCAGAUCAGAGAAUAACGCAUGAUGUGGAAAAACUGACAACUGACCUGUCAGGACUUGUCACUGGGAUGGUUAAGCCUUCAGUCGACAUUCUCUGGUUCACAUGGAGAAUGAAGCUGUUAACUGGCCAAAGAGGAGUUGCUAUAUUGUAUGCUUACAUGUUACUAGGAUUGGGUUUUCUGAGGAGUGUUACCCCCGAAUUUGGUAACCUUGCAAGUAGAGAACAACAACUUGAGGGAACCUUCAGGUUCAUGCACGCAAGACUCCGCACUCAUGCUGAAUCUGUUGCUUUCUUUGGUGGUGGUGCUCGAGAAAAAGCUAUGGUUGAUUCAAGAUUCAGGGAGUUGCUUGAUCACUCGGCAAUCCUUCUGAAGAAGAAAUGGUUGUUUGGCAUACUGGAUGAUUUCAUCACAAAGCAACUCCCGCACAAUGUGACAUGGGGACUCAGUUUGCUAUAUGCUGUGGAACACAAAGGAGAUCGAGCUUUGACUUCUACUCAAGGGGAGCUGGCACAUGCAUUGCGGUUCUUGGCAUCUGUAGUUUCCCAGAGCUUUAUGGCAUUUGGUGACAUCCUUGAGUUACAUAGAAAAUAUCUUGAACUUUCUGGUGGUGUCAAUCGAAUUUUCGAGCUGGAAGAGCUUCUUGAGGCUGCUCAAAAUGAGGUUUCCAUGGCUGAUUCUCAGGCAUCAUCUGAGAGUAAUGGCAUUUCUGCUGAAGAUGAUAUCUCUUUCCAUGAUGUUGAUAUUAUCACUCCGGGACAGAAGCUGUUGGCCAGGCAGUUGACAUGUACCAUAGUACCAGGACAAAGCCUGCUUGUCACAGGACCCAACGGGAGUGGUAAAAGUUCUAUUUUUAGAGUCCUUCGAGGUCUGUGGCCCAUUGUAAGUGGAAGGCUUGUUAAACCCUGCCAGAAUGUCACUGAAGGAUUGGGAUCAGGGUCUGGUGUGUUCUAUGUUCCUCAGCGGCCAUAUACAAGUCUGGGAACCCUAAGGGAUCAAAUCAUUUAUCCUCUCUCUCGUGAGGAAGCGGAACAGAGGGUGUUCAGAAUGUUUGGACAUGGUGAAGAUUCCAAUGCCACUCAUCUAUUGGACAGUCACUUGCGGACCAUCCUUGAGAAUGUUCGGUUGGUCUAUCUUCUAGAAAGGCAUGUGAAAGGUUGGGAUGCUGAUGUUAACUGGGAAGACGUCUUGUCCCUUGGAGAACAACAGAGGCUUGGCAUGGCUCGCCUAUUUUUUCACCACCCUAAAUUUGGCAUCCUCGAUGAAUGCACCAAUGCAACAAGUGUGGAUGUUGAAGAGCACCUAUAUAGGCUUGCAAAGGAAAUGGGCAUAACCGUCGUUACAACCUCACAACGGCCUGCUCUCAUACCAUUCCAUUCCAUGGAGUUGCGGCUAAUUGACGGUGAGGGUAGGUGGGAGCUGCGGUCAAUCAAUCACUAAAUUAGGAAUCCAACUGCAAAAUUUAGCUUGCCCCUCAUGUCGCCGGCCAUCAUUUGGAGCGGAGGCCUUCACAGUCAUGAAAAUUACGCCAUGCUAAUGAUGCUGUAAUAUAGUGUAGCUUAAUGGCAAGCAUUUAUCGCUCUGCCAUGGCAAGAUUGCUCCACCAUCGGAUCUCAGGAGGCUAGUCGCAGAAUCGAUCACCACUGUCAAAGUUGGGUCUAUCAGAUUCGAAGAGGAGUGAAAGUUCAGUCAGCUCAGUGUUGCUUAUAUAAGCAUAGCAUACAGUAGCAGUUGUAUAUAAAGAAGCCUGUGUACAGGCAUAAGCAAGCAAAAGGAGGAUGCCCCACAUGAAUGCGGGCCCAAAAGAGAAGCAUACACAUGAGAUCGAUCCAUUCCAUUCAUCGUAGUAUCUUAUAAAAAUCACGACGUGGGUCUUCACAUUUCUAGCUUCCACUGUCGUGGGCAUGUCAGUGUCGUUGCUAACCAACAUGUGCAGUCUUGAAUCCAUGCAUAUGCAGGCAUUGACUUCUUUUGGGAUUAUGUGAUUACAAGAUCCCACUUAUGCAAAUAUGUCGCAGAUUCGUGGAGACUUGUUAACCUUUUUGAGUUGGGGUUUGUUUGCAUUAGCUUGGGCCCACUUUUUGGUUUCCUUGCUACCCCCUGCUGUUAAUUAUUUCUCAUUGACUUCGAUGCAUGAUUAGCAAUCAUGGCCGUAUGGACUCUGGAAUUCAUCACUAUUUUAGACUAUUGGGUCUUUACCCUGAAGCAAUAAAUGAAAAAACAGGCAAUCAUUGUCGAUCUUUAUUUUAUUUUA